AUGGAUCUGAGUAUCGGUCUCGUGAAGGAAGUGCUCCCAGAGCGACAAAGACGAGAGGUCUCUGCAAAGGAGCGUCUGGGAAGUCCAAUCCAGUUUGAUGCGGCAACUGCAGCGCCAGUGAUGGGUCGAGGUGAACAGGACAAUCUUCUAAAGACGCCUCGCGUAGAUUCUAUGGCGUACAAGUCCGCAAAGCGACGGAAAAGUCCCUUGGCAAGCAGCACCAAGGACAAUGGCAUCCCUACAAAUUGUCCUACAGGCUACAGGGCACGCUUUUCUCUGAGCGACAAGGCUACAGGAAUUCCGAGAUUUGACAGCAUACGGUGCAGGGUGGCGGGCGCGCUUCCACAGCAAACGGGGUUACAGUUUACUUCCAUUGUCUUGCAAAAAGACAUUGACACGCUGCAGGCAGUGCUUUCUAGGAUAACCGAUGAGCUGAACUGGAAUCUCCUGGGCUAUACAGCGAAGCGGGUGUUUACUAUAGAUGGAAUAGAGAUCAAGAGGGUGGAUGCGAUUCGCAGCGGGAUGUCGUAUGUGGUGACGCCUGGCCAUGUCUACUGUCCUGAGCCUGCAAUCAAAAGCAAAUUGAAGAGCACUGCGCCUACAACAUCAGCAACGACAUCGACAACAAAGAGAACCCUUGGGGUUGAGAAAAUUGUGCGCCCCACGGCAACCCCAGCUACGGCGGGGGCCGUUGUUGUUCAUACUUCAAAUUUGGAGUCACAACAUGCACCUGCGACGGCAGCCAUUUCUUCGGCUCCGCCAGCACAACCUUCAAAAACGUCUCCCAGCCCGAGCGGGCAGCUAACCCGGCAAAGAGUUUCAGGAAAAGGCAUUGUGAAACCCAUUUCUGUACGGGUCUUCUCGAAUGGAGAGUAUGGGGAUGCUCGCUACGACCCACUGCCUUUCCGUACGGUGACUCUUCGUCCUAUUCACAAGACGAUGAGGGCAAUUGUCAACACCAUUGAGCGUGAGUUGGAGUGGCAUUCGCUGGGGAAGAAGGUGGAGAAGUUGUAUGAUGCCACUGGUGGUGAGAUCACCUCAAUCGAGGAUCUGGUGGACGGACAGGCCAUUGUAGUGUCCACUGGCGACCGUUUUGUGAUCCCCCACCCGACCAGUGUGCUGCACCAGGACGUGGUAAAACUGUUGGCAAAUUCUAAUGGGAAACUUCCCUUUCCUGGCGUCCGUCAACAACGUGCCUGA